CACAGCACACAGCUGCACAAUACAUUUUUAGAACCGCGCCAAAAGAUGUGGCCGAAACUAUGCCGACUUUGUGAGCGGCCAGCGGCCAACGGCGGAUUCCUGGUGGCCGAAUUGGAUAAGGAGAAAUUCGCAGAGUGGUGUUUAAAUGUUUUGGGAGAAAGUUUGGCUGCGGCAGUUGAAGACACCGACAUCGUCUGCUAUUUCUGCGUUUGGGACGCAAGUUUGCUUUAUGAACAUGAGGCCAGCUCAAGUAAAAAUAAUAGCGACAUGUGUUGGUGGCCAGAGAAUACUCGAAAUGCAGACAAAGAUGUGAAUAUCCUGUUUGAAAGCUACAAAGCUGGCUACGUGCAGCAGUGUUGGGUUUCCUUGAGGAAAGCUCCUGACCAGAAGAAGAUGGUGGUCGAAACGUCACCAAGAAUAAGGUUGUUAAAGAGAACUAAAAUUCCUUGCUGCUAUUGCAUAAAAUUGUUCAGUAAAAGAAGGACAUUGAAUAAUCAUAUAAAAAAUAAGCAUGCUGAUGAUGCAAUUAGAUGCAACUUCAGUCAACUAUGCCUGACAUACUUUAAAACUAUAGAAGAGAGAGAUGACCACAUAAAACAAUUGCAUUUUAAGUCAAAGUCAAAAAUUCGCUUUGAAUGCCCAUAUUGCCCUUAUUCAAUAAGUGGUUUUGAGAAAAAAACUUUACAUUAUCAUGUUAAGGCUAAACAUUCAGAUGUUGCAAUGAAGUGUCAAAUGAUCAGUUGUGGACAAUAUUUUAAAACUCGGACUGACUUGGAGCAUCAUUUCGAGUCGAAACAUAAAAGAAUUGAGGAGAGAAAAAAGUUUAAAUGCACAUUCUGCGAUUAUAAAACCUAUACACAGGAUCAACUUUUAUGCCAUGAGUCUAAAUAUCAUCAAUUGGUUAUCACAACAAUACAGUGUCCCAAAUGCCCUGAACAUUUUUCGAGUAAAAAAUCCUUAAAAAACCACAUAAAUUCAAAGCACAAAUAUAGAGAAUGUCCGUCAUGCAAUUUAAAUAUUUCGUUUCGAUCGUUUCGUUAUCAUUUAAAAAAACAAGUGUGCACAAUUUGUCAAACUGGAAUAGAAUGUCAGGAGCAGUGCAGAAUGCAUAGGCAGGUAUGCAAACCCUUAUAUUAUAAUUGUGAUGUUUGUUCUGAAGUGUUCCAAAAAGCUUGUUUUUUGAAAUACCACGUCAACUCAAAGCAUUCCAAUGCAGUUAAAGGUCUCAAAUACAAACACCUUGGAUUCAAGUGUACAAUUUGCUCCAAUUACUAUGCUAGCAAAAUACUUUUGAAUCGUCAUAAACAAAUUAUUCAUGGAUUUAAAGAAAAGACAAAAUUCCAGUGUGCACAUUGCUUCCAGCGAUUUGUUUAUAAACAAGCUAUGAUGAAACACUUGGCACACAUACACAACCUAAUAGAGAGGGAGCAUAUUUGCACGCUUUGUAAGAGAAAAUUUUACGUUUUCUUUGAUUUGAAGGAGCACAUGUCCACAUUUCACUCAAGCAAGAAAGUGAAGUGUAAAAUAUGUCAUAGGGAAAUUAAAGUCAGUUACCUGAAGAAGCACAUGUUUCAAAUACAUGGCGUGCGUUUGCAGUCAAAAGUGUGUUCUGAUGACAAUGAAUGAAUUCAGGCGUUUCAGAAAAGUGUUAAUUUUUUUUUAAUAUAAAUCUGCUUAAGUUGUACAAAUUGUCAAUAAAAUUUAGUAAACAAAAAAACUUGUCUGCGCUUUU